AUGGAAUCAUUAGCAUUGCUUUAUUUACCAACACCGGAAGCAAAUGCAAUUUGGACAAUUCGAAUGAUUAAAGGUUCCGAUGUUGAAGCAAUUACAGAAGAUGAUUUGAUAGAUUUUGUGAAAUCAGUUUUCCGAUUAGCAAUGCUUGGAAAGUCAAAACAUGGAAACAAAGUAUCUGAUUGCAAUUUUCAUAUGAUCGAUACAGCAUUGCAAAAUAUUGCUAUCCAUCGCUCACAUGGUACAUUCAAGGCGCUCGAUAAAGAUGGCAAUGGCUAUAUUUGCAAAUCUGAUUUUGUCAACUUUUUUCAGCAAAAUGGUUGUUUGGAUCCAGUUUUCAUGAAAUCAUUUAUACGCUUAAAAACACGGUAA